GAUGCAGCUCUGACCGGAGCCCGGGCCUCCCGCCCCCUGAGCUGGGGCAGUAGGCACGAGCUCUGAGGUACACCCCAAAUUCCUGUGGCCCAACGCCCGUGACCCCUGACCUCCUCCUCCCUGCCAUCGAGGCCCCCGCCUCCGCACCAUGGCCAUCGCCGUGCAGCCCAAUGACCUGAUGUUUGACUUCGCCAGCAAUGGAAUGGAGCUCGAUGACCCCUCGGUAUUCCCAGCUGUGAUCGUGGAGCAGGUGCCCUGCACGGACCUGCUGCACGUGUACUCGGGGCUGGAGUCCGACGAGGCACCCAAUGGCAUCAUGGCUGACCAGUCUCUGGACGUGGCGGAAGAGCAGAUCCUUGGGGGUAGCAUCUCCCUGGCCGAUGGUGUUGAGGAGACAGCCCAACCCACGGUGGCUGCUGAAGUCCUGUUGAACAUGGAGUCCCCCAACAACAUCCUGGAUGAGAAGCGCAUGUGUGCUCCGGCUCUUCUCUGCCCUGCAGUCAAUGGCUCUGGGAUAUUGCAGAAUAGGGAGUCCUCUGCCCUCACCAGCUAUGUAUUCGUGGGACCCGGAGAUUUCCAGAGUGAAGGGAUUAGCAACGGAGUGUCCCUGGAGGAAGAAGACUCCAUGGAGGAAGCCAUAAGGAAGCCAGUGGCUGGGAAGCAGAGGAAAAAAGUCCGGAAGCUGAAGCCUCCCCGCUGCCCCUCCCCCGUCACGGCCCCCAGCGUUCCCAUCCGGAAGAAAUCAAAGGAUGGAAAAGGUAAUACCAUCUACCUGUGGGAGUUCCUCCUUGCUCUCCUCCAGGACAAGAAUACCUGCCCCAAGUACAUCAAGUGGACCCAGAGAGAAAAGGGCAUCUUCAAGCUGGUGGACUCUAAGGCCGUAUCCAAGCUGUGGGGAAAGCAGAAAAAUAAGCCGGAUAUGAACUACGAGACCAUGGGGCGGGCUCUGAGGUAUUACUAUCAGCGGGGCAUCCUGACCAAAGUGGAAGGGCAGAGGCUGGUUUACCAAUUCAAGGAUAUGCCCAAGGACCUGGUGGUGAUCGAAGAUGAAGGAGACAGAGUGGCCGCGGCCCCCGCCGAACAGGCCCAGCCACCCAGCAGGCCUGAAGCCGGCCUGGCAGCCCCACCCCGGCCAGCCCGCAAAACCCCCUCGAAGACCGCGCCGCGGCCCAGCCAGCCCCGAGACCACCCUCAGCGGAUCCCGGGGGAGCCUCUGGCUUCAGGGAUGCAGCCUCCUCGGGAGCCCAGCCGGCUUCAGCAGGAAGAACCCAGGGCCAACUCACCUUUGCCAGUCUCUCUUCUGGGGCCCCAACAAGAGCCCCAGGUGGCUCUGGCCCGCACUGUGAGUUCUCCUUUGAUGCCCGGCAGCAUCCAACUGGGGGUGUCCCCGGGGGGCCCGGGGCUGGGAGCCCUAACCCUGCAGACCAUCCCGCUCACCACGGUGCUCACCAACGGGCCGCCCCCAGCCGCCGGGACCCCCAAGGUCCUCCUGCAGGGCAUCCCGGCCUCAGCGGCUUUCAAGGACGUCAUCACCCUGCAGGCCGCCUUCCCGGUGAACCGGGGCUUCCCCGAAGGCCAGCCGCCCCCGCUGCCGCCCCAGCACGUCCUGGUCAGCGGCCUCCCAUCGAUGGGCAACAAGCUGGCCUCUUUCCUGGGCCCCGAAGGCCACCCCGGCCUCGCCCCCACGGUGACACUGAGUGCCCCGGGGCAGCCGGUGCUGGGCCCGCCAGCGAACACAGUCAUUGCCACCAUCAUCAGAACUGCGGAAGGCGGACCCCAGGGCCCCAAGGAGGAGGUCCUGGGCCCCCAGUAUCUGCAGGGCCUGGUGCCUGCCCCACCUGGCUCCCUGGAUGGCAUCCUCAUCUCAGGCGAGGCCAUGAAGGAGUUUCUGCAAGAUCAGGCCCAGUUCCAGCAGCUCGGCCUCGGGCCGCACCACCAGGCCUUGCAGGCCUCCACCCCCGCCGGCGCCCACAGCUGCCCACAGCCCAGCAACCCAAGCAUCGGGCUGACCCCGGUGGCGGAACUCGAACUCUCCUCCGGCUCGGGGACCCUGCUACCAGCCGAGCCGAGCCUGGGGCAGCCCGGGGCCCUCCUGGCGGUUUCCUCCCCUGCCUUCCCGGAGCCGUCUGGGAGCAGCCCCACCGCUCUCCUGUCUCUGAGCGGCCCGGCCGGCAAAGAGGACCAGAAGGAUGGGAAGUGAAGCGGAGACGGGAGACGGAGCAGAGAAGCCAACGGCCUCUUUGGCGGGCAUGAUGCCCGGGGAGCUUGGCAAAGACCGCUGCAGAGCCACGGGCUGGAGAACAGCAUUGGGAUGCCGGGCCCCGGCCCCUUGUUCUACUCAUCAGCCACGUCCCUCUCGCUGCCUCGGAUUGCAGCCCCCAAACAGGGCAAGGCUCAGGGGUCAAUCAGGUGGUUUUCCUUCACAGGCCUCCAGAAGGGAGCGAACCUCGAGUUGCUUCGCCCAGCCCAGAAAGGGCAACGUGGAGGCCCCGUCUCUCUCUCCCCACACCGCGCUGGAUGAUCAAACAAACCCAGGACGCCUGCCAAGCUGUGCCCUCCUCCCUGCCCUCCCCGCCUC